GAGCGCUUGGGACUCGGCCCGGCUCCCGGCUCCGGGGGUUCCCGUGGCCGCAGCAGCGCGGUCUCUGCGGAGGCGGCGGGGGCGCGGCCAGCCGGACCUCUUCCUUUCCAGAGCGGCCCGCGGCGCCCGUUCCGCGGGAGGCGGGCGGGAGGCGGACGCGGCCUGGCCUCGACGUCGACUACCGCGCCGCCCGCGAUGGGAAGCGCCUUAUAAAGCCGCGCCCGGCCGGCCCGAGCCACUCGCCGCCGCGCCGCCCCGCUGCCGCGAACGCGGGCCGUACGCAGCCUCCUGGAGUGCCGGGCCGACUCCGGACGACCCCGGCCCCGGACGCGCCCCGGACGACCCCGGCCACGGACAGACCCGGGACGACCCCGGCCGGGGCGCGCCUCCUGCGGGCGGGCGGGCGGCGGGGCUGGGGAGCCCUUGGCGGGGGCAUGCGUGCGACAUGGCCUCGGCGGUGUUUGAGGGCACGUCGCUCGUGAACAUGUUCGUGCGCGGCUGCUGGGUGAACGGCAUCCGCAGGCUCAUCGUCAGCCGGCGCGGCGACGAAGAGGAGUUCUUCGAGAUCCGCACGGAGUGGUCCGACCGCAGCGUGCUCUACCUGCACCGCAGCCUGGCGGACUUGGGCCGCCUGUGGCAGCGCCUGCGCGACGCCUUUCCCGAGGACCGGUCCGAGCUGGCGCGGGGGCCGCUGCGGCAAGGACUGGUUGCCAUAAAGGAAGCCCACGACAUAGAGACCAGGCUUAAUGAGGUGGAGAAGCUGCUGAAGACGAUCAUAAGCAUGCCCUGUAAAUAUUCUAGAUCGGAAGUUGUGCUCACCUUCUUCGAAAGAUCUCCUCUGGAUCAGGUGUUAAAAAAUGAUAAUGUACAUAAAAUUCAACCCAGCUUUCAAAGUCCAGUCAAAAUAUCAGAAAUCAUGAGGUCCAAUGGAUUUUGUUUAGCAAAUACCGAAACAAUAGUUAUUGACCACAGUAUACCAAAUGGAAGAGACCAGCACCUGGGCGUGGACCCAACAGAGCAUUUAUUUGAGAAUGGCAGUGAGUUUCCCUCAGAGCUGGAGGACGGGGACGACCCAGCAGCCUACGUCACCAACCUGUCGUAUUACCACCUGGUCCCCUUCGAGACAGACAUUUGGGACUGAACCUCUCUAUCAGGCCUUCCCCGCCUCAGCUGUUCACUGCCAGCUCUGAUGCUGUCCACUGUGCUGGCCCCCAUGGUCACAGCUGCUGCCCCAGCUCUGGACCUCCCAGACGUCCCAGGCCCCACUGACGCCAGGAGGCCUGGGUAUCCUGCAAGUGGAGCAGCAGGGGCUCCUAGUGGGCCAGGCUGACCGCAGAGUCUCCAGCAAGCUGAGGUCACAGCCGGAGGCCACAGGGCCUGUGUUCUGAGGGUCUUCACUCCCCGCUUGGUGCCCACAGGGCUGCGCACUGCCAGGGCAGGGACAGUUCCUGUGGGGCUCGCUCUCACUGCUACUGCUUCCUGGGAGGUGCACCCCUCUUGGUGAAGUGGCCUAGCGCCCCCCAGCCACCCUGACUCCCCACCAUUCCCUCCCACGGCAAACGCACAAAACGUCUUGAGGGAGAUUUUGACAAGUCACCCAUUCCAGAUGCCACAGGCAGGGGAUGUUUAGUAAUCCAGGAUUUCUCUGAGAACUGGGAUAUGUGGCCUUUUUUUUUUUCUUUUUAUCUUUUAUCUGGAACUGGGUUUGGGUCAACCCCAGGAGUGUUUGCAGAAGGCCCAGCACAGUGGGGGGUAUUGGCUGCAGGGCAGGGAAGGCAUUGCCGACUAGAUAACCCUGUGAGCUUGGACUGAGCGUUGGUGGUUCUUCCCAGAGGAAAGGAAUUUCUUCCCGGCCUGCCAGGUCUCUGGGCCUUCAGCGCGGGUCCUGGUGCUGCGGCCACACCACCCUGGGGUGCUCAUUGACGGAGCUGCCAUAAUGAACUUGAAAGGACGGGAAUCACGAGGGAAGCUGGGGCUCCCCUGCCCACAGGAGAGGAUCCCCGUUCUUCAAGCUUCCCUGCUCAGUGUCUACUAACGACCGACAUUUGCUAAUGUAAAUAAUAGUAAAUUAUUGAGAAUUCUAAUUCUUUUACACAGUCUGUUUUUAAUCUAUUUUAAUUAAAUAAAAUCUAUGACUCUA